AUGGCCUAGCAUGUUCCUCUUGCCGAUGAUUCUUAUGAACAAGAUUACGAAAAAAUCAAGGAAUAAUUCAAUAAAAAAUUAUAAAAGUUUAAUACAAGUCCUGAUUAGAAUAUCUUGAAAGAGUUAAAAAGAGAUGUUGACGAUGCUUAAAAUACUAUUAGAUUGAUUGAAUAGGAAAUAAAUUCAUUACCAUCAAAUCAAAGAAAUGGUUAAGGAAAUAAGGUAAAAAAGUUAAAUAAAAAUUAAUUGUCAUAAAAUAAUUUAAAAAUAAAGAUAAGAAGAUACAGAGAUGAGGUAGAAAAAAUGAAAAAAUAAUUUAGAGAUGUGCAAUAGCAUUCAAAGGAUUUGAGUGAUUUGGUAGGAAACUCGACUGAUGACUCAGAUAGAUACAACUCUUAAGGAAAUUAAGUCUUUUAAAAGUUAUCUUAGUAAAAUAAAAAAUUGAUGGAUGCAAAAAGAUAAGUCUAUGAUUUAGAAGGAUAGGGCAAUACUAUUUUAUAAUCUAUUUCAGAUAAAAAUCAAUAAAUAGAUGGUAUUAUUAGAAACAAUAGAGAUAUUACAUAAGAAUUAAGCACUGCAAAUAAAUUAGUUGAUAGAAUUCAUAGAAAUAUUAUAUAAAGAAAAGCAACUUUGUAUGCAGUGAUAGGAUUUUUGCUUUUUUGCUUAAUCAUAAUAGUCAUGAGUUGGUUUUGA